AUGUCUUUUCUCGCUCGGCCAUGCCGAAGAGCGAGUAGAAUAAGUCUGCAAAGCUUCCAAUCAAGGCGAAACUUCAGCCGGACACAAGCUGUCGCCGCACCUAUCACCGCUGAAGAAGUCCAAGGCGCUCACAAAUAUUGCGUCGCUCUGCUCUCCAAAUAUGACCGCCCCUCCUACACAUUGAGCACCUUCGUCCCGCGCCAUGCGCAAUCCUUCUACAUCGCGCUGCGCGCAUUGAACGUUUCCCUCUCCAUGAUCCCAGACACAACCUCAUCCCCAACAAUCGGCCUAAUGCGCCUCCAAUUCUGGCGCGAUGCCGUAACAAAAAUCCUAGCGGGCACGCCGCCAAAAGAACCCGUCGCCAUCUUGCUCGCCUCCGCCAUCUCCGAUCUCCACGAGCGCACGCAGGGCCGGGCGCGGAUCAGCAAGGGCUGGUUGACUCGCAUAAUCAACUCGCGAGAACAGACGUUAACAAAUGAUCCAUAUACGAAUAUUGCCGCGCUAGAGUCCUAUGCUGAGAAUACCUACUCGACACUUAUGUAUUUGACGCUUUCUGCCCUUCCCAUGGCAUCUGUAACGGCCGACCAUGUUGCGUCGCAUAUUGGAAAGGCUGUUGGGAUUGCAGCUGUAUUGCGUGGACUGCCUUUUGUUGCGUUUCCCACACAGCCUGCUCAGUCGCCUUCUGGUGGUGCUGCGAAUAGCCUAAUGGGUGGUGGUGCGAAGCAAGGUGCUGUGAUGUUGCCUUUGGAUGUUAUGGCGCAGGCGGGUGUUAAGGAAGAAGAGGUUCUUCGACGGGGAGCUGAGGCUGAGGGUCUUCGGGAUGCAGUCUUCACGGUUGCGACGCGGGCGAGUGAUCAUCUGAUUACCGUGCAGCAGAUGCUGAACAAUCUCCGUGCCGGAGAAGAUGUGGGCCACGACUUCGAGCAUGAGGGUGAAGAGGGUCAUGAGUAUAGUGUCUCUGAUGCUCGAAGUGGUGAGUCGCCUCUAGAUGAGAUCAACCGGGCCUUUGGUGUCUUCAUGCCGGCCGUGGGCACGAGAUUGUGGCUCGAUCGCCUUGAGAAGCAUGACUUUGAUGUUUUUAGUCCGGAGCUGCUUCGAUCUGACUGGAGACUUCCGUGGAAGGCUUAUAUGGCGUUCCGACGGAAGUCUUUUGAUUAG